UGUUCCACAAUUUUCUGUCUUUGAUUGUCCUGAAGUAUAAGAGGAGGCUGGAGUCAGAAGCAAAAUGCAGCGCUGAGGAUCCGGUGUGGCAUCUGCUUAUUAUCUGCCCCAUUCAUGCAGGUGUGAAAUAUGGCAGAACCCUUGCAUCUCUUUAAACCUAAUGCCUUUGUGAACACUGAUGAUUCCAAGCGGGUUGAUGGCCCCACAAUCCUUACUGAAAAUGUGGGAGGAACAGGCUUCAGUGGGCCCCUCGUGCCUAUGUGUGAAUGUGCAAUACCCAUGGACACUCUCUAUCAGGAACCAACUCAAUCUCCUACAGAAAACAUACAUGAGCCCAUCCCUGCAAGUCCCGGCCUUCCCCCCAACAUAAAAAAGUUUGAUAGGAAACUCCUUUUUAAUAUUGUGUCAAGAGGCAGCGCGGCAGAGCUGGAGGGACUCCUGCCUUAUUUGUUGCAUAGGAAGAAGCAGCUGACAGAUGAAGAAUUUUUAGAGGUGUGUUCUGGGAAGACUUGUUUGUCCAAAGCUCUAAUGAACCUGAAAGAUGGCAAAAAUGACACCAUCCCUGUGUUAAUCGACAUUGCUGAAAAAACUGGCAAUCUGCAGGAAUUUAUCAACUUACCAUUCACAGAUAAGUAUUAUAAUGGCCAAACUGCUCUGCACAUAGCCAUUGAGAGGCGCUGUAAGCAUUAUGUUGAGUUGCUGGUACAGAAGGGGGCUGAUGUUCAUGCUCAGGCCAAAGGGUGUUUCUUUCAACCCAAGGAUGAAGGAGGAUACUUCUACUUUGGUGAACUUCCCCUGUCCCUUGCCGCUUGCACCAACCAGUCUGAUAUUGUGGAAUAUUUGACAGAGAAUGCUCAUAAUAAGGCAGAUUUAUGUCGUCAGGAUUCACGUGGUAAUACAGUUCUGCAUGCCUUGGUUGCUAUAGCAGACAAUUCACCGGAAAACACCAUAUUUGUCACCGAAAUGUACAAUCAUUUGGUCAUUAAAUGUGCUAAGUUGUGUGCUAAACGUAGCUUGAACGGCAUCCCACCUCUCAUGAUGGCAACCAAACCGGGGAAAAUUGAAGAGAAGCAGGAAACCCUGAGCUUGGAAGCUGUCCUCAACAAAGAAAACAUGUCCCCUCUCAUGAUGGCAGCCAAACUGGGAAAAAUAGGGAUAUUCCAGCACAUCAUGCAACUUGAAAUGAAAGAUGAAGAAGCUCUUCACCUCUCACGGAAGUUCCGGGAUUGGAAUUAUGGCCCUGUGUAUUCUUCACUUUAUGACUUGUCCAUGUUGGAUUCUGUACUGGAAAUCCUGGUUUAUAAGAGUACAGCUAAGAACCGCCAUGAGAUGCUGGCAGUGGAGCCCAUAAAUGAAUUAUUAAGUGACAAGUGGAAGAAGUUUGGCGCUGUUUCUUUCUACCUUAGUUUUAUUGCCUACCUCAUUAUGAUGAUCAUUUUCACAUUAAUUGCCUAUUACCGACCCAUGAAGGGCACGCCCCCUUACCCUUACAGAACAACAACGGAUCACUUGAGGCUUGUAGGAGAGAUCAUUAUUCUGCUGACUGGGAUAGUCUUCUUUAUUAGCAACAUGAAAAACCUUUUUAUGAAGAAGUACCCUGGAGCAAACUCUUUAUUUACUGACGGAUGCUUCCAGCUGCUUUACAUUAUCUACUCUGUGCUGGUCAUUAUCACAGCGACUCUGUACCUUGCUGGUAUUGAAGCUUACCUGGCCGUUAUGGUGAUUGCCUUGGUCUUGGGCUGGAUAAAUGCUUUAUACUUUACACGAGGCUUGAAGCUCACUGGGAUGUACAGCAUUAUGCUUCAGAAGAUCCUGUUUAAAGAUUUAUUUCGCUUCCUGCUGGUGUACCUGCUCUUUAUGGUUGGAUUUGCAUCAGCUUUGGUAUCCUUACUGAAUCCAUGCACCAACGAGGAGAUCUGCAAUGAUGGACAAGAAAACUGUACUGUCCCAGAAAAUCCUUCCUGCCAACACAGCACCACAUUCAGCAAAUUACUGUUAGACCUCUUUACACUGGCCAUUGGGAUGGGAGACCUGGAAAUGAUCAGCCAUGCCAAGUACCCUGCAGUCUUCAUCAUUCUGUUGGUGACAUACCUCAUCAUCACCUUUAUUCUCCUCCUUAACAUGUUAAUCGCUUUAAUGGGGGGGACUGUUGGGGAAGUGUCUAAGGAAAGCAAGCAGAUCUGGCAACUGCAGUGGGCUACAACAAUCCUAGAUAUAGAGAACUACCUUCCAGCCUUCAUGAGGAAAGCCUUCUGCUCUGGGGAAAUGGUAACUGUUGGAAAGAAACUGAAUGGGGGCCGAGAUAUACGCUGGUGUUUUAGGGUUGAUGAGGUGAACUGGUCCCACUGGAAACGGGACAUUGCCAUUAUUAAUGAGGAUCCUGGAAGAAACAACUUGCAGAGAGAUCGGCCAUCUGUGGACGAGCAUAAAGCUGACCCACCUUCAGAAGAUGCCACGGGGCUUCUUGAGAAAACCCCUCAAGCCCAGACAGACAAGCAGCGAAUGAAAGGGCUCAGAACCGCAUGGGGUGCCAAACACAAAUCUAGAUGAAUGUGGCACAGAGUAUUGCACCCAGUACUAACUGCUCUGCCUCAGCAUCAUGUGACAUCACACAUGUCUCAAUGACAUCACAGGGGAACCUGAUCAAAAUAAAAAUAUUACAUAACCAUAACUUCACAGAUCAUAGAUUCUAUGUUCUGACGCACUUUACAGAUGAAAUGCAUGUGCUUGAUGCAGGAUCCUUCAGGCAAGGAGAUAUUGGUAUUGGUUCCUGGGACCCAGUUGUCACAUGAGCCAAUGAGAGCAAUGUCCAAGUAACAAAGAUGGCUGCCACCAUUCCCUCUUUAACUCUAACCACCUGGAAUGGCCCCCACACCUCCCGUGCAUAUUGUAUUUAUUGGAGCUUUUUGCAGUUGUUGUGAGGCCCUUCUGUUACCACCUAAAAAUAUACUGAAUGUAUUUAAUUAAAAAAGUAACCAAACUUUA